AUGCUGGUGGCCUUCAAAAUCCUUAGCGCCAUCUAUCCGGUUCUCUAUUCCCGGCGAGAGUUGGAACACUUGGGCGUGGGUGAGCAUAGUGCUGCUUGGGCGGAGACCUUGAAGAACGUCACCAGCCUUUGGCAUCAGCUCAGCCUGGCGUGCUUCUUGAAGGAGGAGCAUGUCUUGGAGGUGCAAGGCUUGGAUGCCUGGAUGCAUUUGCAGUUCCAGUGGCUGGCUCUGAGGAUUCUGGCCUUGUUGGCGCUGGUGCCCCUGGCGGUGUGUCCAUUGCACUGGACACACGGGGGGGAGCCGCGAGGUGUUUUCGAGGCUCAACUUGGCGGUGAGUGA